AUGACUUAGGAAUUUUGUUCAGUUAAUCAAUGUUAAUUCAAUUCGAGGUAACGAAGGAAUUCAGUACGUAUUCUGUCAGCAAAGUUUUAGGUGUUGAAAUCGUUCUCAUCAUGGAGUGUGAGCUGACAAAAGCAAGGAAGAAAGAUGAUAGCUCGCUUCCAAAACCGAAGUGUACGUUAUUCGGUGAAGCAACAAACACAACAGAACGGCCUAAGCUGACCAGUGGUCAAAUAGCCCUUCUGUCCAACACCUGGAUGCUUCUGGUGGAGAAUAUCUCCCGUGUGGGCGUCGUCGCUUUUAUGAACUCCGGGGUUCGAUUCCUGCGGUGGACAGUGUGCAGAUAACCAGUUGUGUGGCUUUGCACCACUUAAACAACAACAACAA